GUAUUAUGAAUAAAGCUGUGGCAAAGAAAAGAAAGGUUUAAUUUGAAGAAUGAGAGUCUCCUCUAAAUUACCAGGUCCAGAGAGGCGUGGGAGUGAAACAGCAGUCACAUCUCCUUUACCUUCUUGGGCUAAGUAUAAAUGAUGCAAAAUGUGCACCUGGCUCCAGAGACAGAUGAAGAUGAUCUUUAUUCCGGCUAUAAUGACUACAAUCCAAUCUAUGAUGUCGAGGAAUUGGAGAAUGAUGCAGCUUUUCAGCAAGCUGUGAGGACUAGUCAUGGCAGAAGACCUCCAAUAACUGCUAAAAUAUCAAGCACGGCAGUUACUAGACCUAUAGCUACUGGAUAUGGGUCCAAGACAUCUCUGGCAUCAUCAAUAGGAAGACCAAUGACAGGGGCUAUUCAGGAUGGAGUUACUAGACCCAUGACAGCAGUGAGAGCAGCUGGUUUUACCAAAGCAGCUUUGAGAGGCUCUGCAUUUGACCCUCUUGGUCAGUCAAGGGGCCCUGCUCCCCCUUUGGAAGCCAAGAAAAAAGAUAGCCCAGAAGAAAAAAUAAAGCAAUUAGAGAAGGAAGUGAAUGAGUUGGUAGAAGAAAGCUGUAUUGCCAGUAGUUGUGGAGACUUAAAAUUGGCCUUAGAAAAGGCAAAAGAUGCGGGAAGAAAAGAGAGAGUCCUGGUGAGACAGCGAGAACAAGUUACAACUCCAGAAAAUAUCAAUUUGGAUUUAACUUACUCAGUUCUUUUCAAUUUGGCCAGUCAGUAUUCAGUUAAUGAAAUGUAUGCCGAAGCACUUAACACAUAUCAAGUUAUAGUGAAAAAUAAGAUGUUUAACAAUGCAGGAAUAUUGAAAAUGAAUAUGGGAAAUAUCUAUUUAAAGCAAAGAAAUUAUUCCAAAGCCAUUAAAUUCUACCGAAUGGCAUUAGACCAAGUUCCAAGUGUCAAUAAGCAAAUGAGGAUUAAAAUAAUGCAGAACAUCGGAGUUACAUUUAUUCAGGCUGGUCAGUAUUCAGAUGCUAUUAAUUCAUAUGAGCACAUAAUGAGCAUGGCACCAAAUCUGAAGGCAGGCUACAACCUCACUAUCUGUUAUUUUGCGGUUGGAGACCGAGAAAAAAUGAAGAAAGCAUUCCAAAAGUUGAUUGCUGUUCCAUUAGAAAUUGAUGAAGAUAAAUAUAUUUCACCAAGUGAUGAUCCUCAUACUAACUUAGUAACUGAAGCUAUAAAAAAUGAUCACCUCAGGCAAAUGGAACGUGAAAGGAAAGCCAUGGCAGAAAAAUACAUUAUGACAUCUGCAAAACUCAUUGCUCCUGUAAUUGAAACAUCUUUUGCUGCAGGUUAUGAUUGGUGCGUGGAAGUGGUGAAAGCUUCUCAAUAUGUAGAGCUAGCCAAUGAUCUGGAAAUAAACAAAGCAGUCACAUACUUGAGACAAAAGGACUAUAACCAGGCUGUAGAGAUCUUAAAAAUGUUGGAAAAAAAGGACAGUAGAGUGAAAAGUGCAGCUGCGACCAAUCUCUCAGCCCUGUAUUAUAUGGGAAAGGAUUUUGCACAAGCCAGCAGCUAUGCAGAUAUAGCUGUGAACUCUGAUAGAUAUAAUCCAGCAGCUCUUACUAAUAAAGGGAAUACAGUUUUUGCAAAUGGUGAUUAUGAGAAGGCCGCUGAAUUCUAUAAAGAGGCUCUAAGAAAUGAUUCUUCUUGUACUGAAGCGCUUUAUAAUAUUGGCCUUACCUAUGAGAAACUAAAUCGGCUGGAUGAGGCUUUGGACUGUUUCCUGAAACUUCAUGCAAUCCUACGAAACAGUGCCGAAGUUCUUUACCAGAUAGCAAAUAUAUAUGAAUUAAUGGAAAAUCCCAGUCAAGCUAUUGAAUGGCUAAUGCAGGUGGUCAGUGUUGUUCCAACCGAUCCUCAAGUUUUAUCUAAACUGGGAGAAUUAUAUGAUCAUGAAGGAGAUAAAUCUCAAGCAUUUCAAUAUUACUAUGAGUCAUAUAGGUAUUUUCCUUGUAAUAUGGAAGUCAUUGAGUGGCUUGGAGCCUAUUACAUUGACACCCAGUUUUGGGAAAAAGCCAUUCAGUACUUUGAAAGAGCUUCUCUUAUACAGCCUACACAAGUGAAAUGGCAGCUGAUGGUAGCUAGUUGUUUUAGAAGAAGUGGUAACUACCAAAAAGCAUUAGAUACUUAUAAAGAUACUCACAGAAAAUUUCCAGAAAAUGUCGAAUGUCUGCGUUUCUUGGUUCGUCUCUGCACAGAUCUUGGAUUAAAAGAUGCUCAAGAAUAUGCCAGAAAACUGAAGAGGUUGGAAAAAAUGAAAGAAAUAAGGGAACAGCGCAUAAAGUCAGGCAGAGAUGGCAGUGGGGGCUCCCGCGGCAAAAGAGAAGGAAGUGCUAGCGGUGAUAGUGGCCAGAACUAUAGUGCCAGUAGUAAAGGUGAACGACUAAGUGCCAGACUCAGAGCUUUACCUGGGACAAAUGAACCUUAUGAAAGUAGCAGUAACAAAGAAAUAGAUGCCUCCUACGUGGACCCUCUUGGCCCUCAAAUAGAAAGACCAAAAACUGCAGCCAAAAAAAGGAUCGAUGAGGAUGAUUUUGCUGAUGAAGAAUUAGGAGAUGAUUUGCUUCCAGAAUAAUAUUCACUUUAAUAUGUUAUUUAUUAAAGGAAAGAAAUUGCCUUACGAGACCAUCCUCAUGUUAAACCUUGGAUUAAAUAUCCAACCUGUAAUUUUUUUUCACUGUCAAAACUUUAAAUAAGUGUAUUCUAUUUUGUAAGUAUGCAUUUAAGUUGUUUGUUUUUUUCUUUUAAGGACUAAAAACAGGUAAAACUAAUACUUUAGGCCAAUGACUGACUUAGCUUUUUGAAAACAUUGACACACAGGAAGAAAUAAAUUUAUAACACAA